AUGGAACGCAGGAUGCAGGCCCAGGCCCAGGGCUUUUUCGAACACUGGCUUGCCCAAGCCCAGGCGCCCCUUCGCGAGCCUCCUUUCGACAGCAUACCAAUCUUUGCCUGGGGGGUCCUCUCGCCUCUGCUCCUCCUCGUCAUCGUGUGGUACUUCAGCGGCGAGCACGAUCAGCCCAUCCGCUACCGCGUGCCCUCUCCAAAGGUCCCCGAGCCCAAGGAAAUCCUGCAGAAGCCAAGCAUAAAGGUCUCUGGUGCCAGUGUGAUCCAGUGUUAUGCCCCAGCCACCGGCCAGUUUCUUGGUUUCAUCAACCCCUCCAGCCCGGCCGCCAUCGACCGAGCCGUUGACGCCGCCGAGGCUGCGCAGAAGACAUGGGCUGGCACGAGCUUCCGGGAAAGACGCAAGGUCUUGCGGUCAAUGCUCCAGUAUGUCCUCGACAACCAGGAGGAGAUCUGCCGCGUGGCCUGCCUCGACUCCGGCAAGACCAUGGUCGACGCCCAGCUCGGCGAGAUCCUCGUCACCGUGGAGAAGUUGCAGUGGACCAUAACCCACGGCGAGAAGGCCUUGACCCCCAACAGGCGACCUACGAACCUGCUCAUGGUGUACAAGAAGAACACUGUCGAGUACGAGCCCUUGGGUGUGGUCGCUGCCCUCGUGUCAUGGAACUACCCCUUCCACAACCUCAUCGGACCCAUCAUCUCGGCCAUCUUCUCCGGAAACGGCAUCUUGGUCAAGGCUUCUGAGCAGACUGCGUGGAGCUCCAGCUACUUUGCUAGUAUCGCGAGGGGCGCCUUGAUUGCCCACGGCCAUGACCCGGCCCUUGUGCAGACCGUCGCCUGCUGGCCGCAAGUCGCCAACCACCUCACCUCCCAUCCCAAGAUCUCGCACAUCACCUUCAUCGGCUCCCGCCCAGUCUGUCACAAGGUCGCAGAGUCAGCCGCGAAAGCCCUCAUUCCUGUCGUCGCUGAGCUAGGUGGAAAGGAUGCCUGCAUCGUCCUGGACUCGGCCAAGGGCGACCUGCCGAGGAUAUGUGAGACGCUCCUCCGGGGCACCUUCCAGGCCGCAGGUCAGAAUUGUAUCGGAAUCGAGCGCAUUGUUGCUACGCCCGGUGUCUAUGACAAGCUGGUCGAGCGCCUCGAGCCUCGCGUCAGGGCCAUCCGUCUGGGCCAGGAGGCAGACAUGGGCGCACUGAUCUCGGAUGCCUCCUUCGGCAGGCUAGAGGGCCUGGUCGAGGACGCAGUCAAGAACGGCGCGCGCCUGCUCGCGGGCGGCAAGCGCUAUGCUCACCCCGGACACCCCAGUGGCCACUACUUCAGCCCGACCCUGCUCGUCGACGUGACCGCCAAUAUGGCCAUCGCACACGAGGAAUGCUUCGGCCCCGUGAUGGUUCUCAUGCGCGCUGCCUCCAACACCGCAGCCGACGUCCUCAGCGUGGCCAACGCGCCCGACUUUGGUCUUGGCGGCAGCGUUUUUGGGCGCGACUCGGACCCUGUCCUCCAGGCUGUUGUCAAAGGCCUGAGGUGCGGCAUGGUGGCUAUCAACGACUUUGCCGCCUUCUACGCCGUCCAGCUGCCGUUUGGCGGCGUCAGAGGCUCGGGUUAUGGCCGUUUCGCCGGCGAGGAGGGACUAAGGGGUUUGUGCAAUAUCAAGGCUGUGUGUGCAGACCGGUGGGGGUGGGCAGGUGUUAGGACAAGUAUCCCGCCACCGAUUAGGUAUCCGAUUGAUAGCCAGGACCGAAGCUGGAAGUUCGCAAAGGGCGUGGUGGAGACGGGUUACGGGUUGGGCACGGCGAGGAAGGUCGGUGGUGUGUUGGGAAUCCUAAAGAACAUGUGA